AUGGCACAGGACAAAGGAAGCCAUCAUACGUUUCAACGAAAGGCCGGCAGAUUGUGGUAUAAAAGGUGCAAUUUUUUACAUCAAGAGUGCUGCUCUGAUCCGAGCAAUAAUCGACUUCAUCCGUCGUUUGAAACAGCUUCUCUUGGAAGAGAAAAGAUAUUAAUUCGAAGGCCAAGGAUUGUACGUGGAUUGUAUCUUGGCAAAGAACCAUUGGAAUAUCAAAAAAUCCCAACUCCGUUUAGAUUUAGCUUCCAACAAGGAUAUAAUGAUAUCACGGACCAAGAACAAGACAAGGCCAAAAAUUUCAAGGGAAGAAUAAUUUACUCACAAAGCAUGACUGUAACGCUCUGCAGUUUACAAACAAAGCAGGUGAAUUGUGGACAGUUUAAGCGUGACAGAGUUGUGUGGAAAAGCGAUGCUGUUCGACCUACUAAUAAUUCGGGCACGGAUCAAAACUGGUGGAAGAAAGAGCUCCCGUUGUCAUGCACUACGAAGGUGAAGCAGGAUGCAGACAAGUUAAGGUUGAAUGCUAAAAUUUCACGACAGUUACAAGAGAAAAAUCUCGUACAAACUGACGAGGAAGAAGCGCUUAGAGGCGAAUAUCAAAAGAGGACGAAGCAAAGUGUGAAAUGCCGUUCAAGAAAUUGA